AUGUGGUCUUUAUGUGUCCAGAUGCUCAAGUCCAUCCUGAGUGCGGAGGAGAGCAGAGGGUCCUAUGAUGCAGAUCAGAAGCAUCUCAAAGCUGCACACAAGGAGUUCUUCAGAUGCUGUGAGACUGAGCUGACUAAAGUGACGCUCUUCUACUCAGAGAAGCUGAUGGAAGCUAAGAGGAAGAUGGCCGGCUUUGGAUCCGCCACACAGUGCUGCUCUAUCUCAGAGACGAUGCAGACCGUGACCCAAACUGAUUCGUUAUCUGACCUGUGGAGAGUGUGUAAAGGCAACCCUGAUCUCCACCAGCUUCAACUGGCCACCAGUGAACUCCACCUCAGCCUGGUCUACCUGCAGAGCUACCAGCAGCUGAACUGCAGUGCCUUCUGCAAGAUCAUGAAGAAGUAUGACGCCAAGUUUGUGUCGGAGAGGGGUCAGCGAUGGAUGAAGGAGAAGCUGGACACUUCGCUGCUCAACACCGACAGCCACGGAACUCAACAGCUCAUGGACAAGUUAGAGGCUCUCAUGUGUCACCUGGAGGGAGAAAACCGACAGAAAGCUCUAAAGAGACUCCGGGUCCCACAGAAGGCUCUUAAACAGUCAGAGCAGACGUGGAUCAUGUUUCGCAUCGGACUGGCGUGUGGGCUUCUCAUCGUCCUCUUCGCUCUCAUCCUCAUCCAGGUUGUGCGGGCAUCGGAGUGGGAGCGUGUGCAUCCUGUCCUGCGCGUCCACAGAGGCUGCUUCCUGCUGCUGGAGUUCCUGCUGCUCAUAAGCCUCAGCAUGCUCCUCUGGCGAAGGGCAGGGGUCAACCACGUGCUCAUCUUCCAGCUGGACCCCAGAGACCACCUCACACAUCAGCACCUCCUGCAGCUGCGGGUGCUCUCUGCUCCUCUGUGGCCCGUGGCGUUUGCAGACUGCUGGCUUGCUGACCAGCUCAACAGCCUCAGCCCACUGUUUCUGGACCUGUGGCAUCUCCUCUGUUCCUAUAGCAACAAGGGAGCUGGACAGGAUGCUCUGACAUCAGGUCAUCAGGCCCCUGAGCAGGCGAGCUGUGGUCUGUCAGCCCUGGCGGCGACGUGUCUGAUCCAAUGCUUCCCCCCCUGGCUGCGUCUUGCCCAGUGCCUGAGGCAGUUUUGGGACAGCAGAGACGCCGUCCACCUCCUCAACGCUGGCAAAUACGCCACGGUCUUCCUCAUGGUCAUGUUCGCCGGACUCUACAACAGAGCCAGAGUGCACCCUGGCCAGGUGUGGGAGGUGAAUGUGUGUGUGUACCUGUGGGCUGUGUCCACCUGCUUCAGUGUGUUGGUGUGUGUGAGCUGGGACCUACGCAUGGACUGGACUCUGCUGCAGGGCCACGGACUCCUGAGGAGAGAGUUGCUGUACACACACGAGGCGCUGUACUAUGGCGGUAUGCUGCUGGACGUGGUUCUGCGUGUGUGCUGGGCGGUGAACAUCCUGCUGGCCCAGAUGAGGGACUCUGUAGCUGCAGCCUCCGUCAGCAGCGUGCUGGCCCCUCUAGAGGUGCUCAGACGGUGUGUGUGGAACAUGUUUCGUCUGGAGAGCGAGCAGUUGAGAAACUGUGAGCUGAUGCGUGCCGUCAGAGAUGUGGACUUCCCAGAAUCCUGUGCGUGUCUGCCAGAGCACGUCCUGCAGGAGUGGAGGCAGAACCAGAACCAGGAGGAGACGGGCCCGGGUCAGCAGAACCAGAACCUGGACUGCUGCAGAACCCCCUCAGACCACUCCUGCACAGCCCUCCUGCUCACCUGUUUGAACAGAGUGCACGGAGAAGCUCUAUCAGUGGAGGACAGAACGCCUGAGGACAGCGAGUGGGACAGAACAUGGAUAGAGAAGAAGAUGUUGGACACGCGAAACGUUGAAAAUGACCCUAAAAACCGUGACGUGAAAUGUGCUAUGCUCUGACUGUUGCUUAU